UCGCUGAGCCCUUUUCUGCAAAAACACGCAGCCUCCCUCUUCUCCCCAAUCUAGCCCGUGACCUCCUCGCCGGGGCUACUUCUCCAUCGCCAUCGACCUCGACCUCGCCGCCUCCUCCUCCUCCUCCUCCCCGUGCGAACUCCGGGCUCGUGCCGAGGGGGUGGACGCGCCGGUGGUGAGAGCGGACGCGGUGCGGUGGGCCAUGGCGGUGGGGUGGCGGCCGGCGAUGCUGGUGGUGGUGGUGGCGGUGGCGGCGUGGCGCGGGGAGGCGCUGUCGGUGACGGUGACCGACACGGAGUGCAUCCACGAGUUCGUGCCCUACGAGGGGGACACCGUGUCGGGGAACUUCGUCGUCGUCGACCACGACAUCUUCUGGAGCUCCGACCACCCCGGCAUCGACCUCACGGUAACUUCACCAGGUGGCAACACUGUGUAUACAUUGAAGGGGAAGUCUGGUGACAAAUUUGAAUUUAAAGCUCCAAGGGGUGGAAUGUACAAGUUCUGCUUCCAUAAUCCAUAUGGAGCACCUGAAACCGUUUCUUUCUACAUUCAUGUUGGGCACAUACCCAACGAGCACAAUCUGGCAAAAGAUGAGCACUUGGACCCUAUCAAUGUGAAAAUAGCGGAGCUGAAGGAAGCAUUAGAAUCUGUCACUGCUGAGCAGAAAUACCUUAAAGCCCGUGAAGCUCGUCACCGACACACAAAUGAGAGCACAAGAAGGCGUGUCAUGUUCUACACAAUAGCGGAGUACCUAGCUUUCAUGGGUGCAAGCGCUUUGCAAGUUGUUUACAUCCGUCGCCUAUUCAGCAAAAACGUGGCAUACAACAGGGUGUAGAACAGAGUCUACUUCAAGGCAGCAGAAAAUGGUUGGAGCAGGAAAAAAAUAUUUCCAACAUAUUGUGUUAGCUUUUGCAGCCAUUUUUUUUGGGUUUAGUCUAAAACGUGGCACUUUUAAAUUUAUUGCCUUGUACUUUAGAACUUCAGUGAGAUAUGAAGCACAUUUGUUGCUGAACAAGUGAACACAGAUCCGUAACUAAUCUUCAAAGGGUUGAUGUCUCAAAGCACCACUUGUGUUAUUGUGUUAAUAUGACUUAUGAGGGUCUUCGUUCUGAUAUAAAUUGAUCAAAUUUUAUCCUGGUC